AUGUCCCACGUCCGAGGCACGAUGCUCUACGCGUCUCCCGCGCCCGAGACCGAUCGCGAGCGUCUGAUACGGGAGAACGACCUCGUCGUCGUCGUCGAGGGAUUCAACGCCGCCGUCGCCCAACGCAUUCGCAUCGGCGAAACCUUCGUCUCACGGCACGGACGGUUCCCGCACGCCGCGCUCGUGGGCGUCGCGUUCGGAACAAAGAUACGAGCGAGCGAUGGACGCGGGUUCGUGCACGUGUGCGCGCCGACGCCCGAGUUAUGGACGAAGGUGCUCGCGCACCGAACGCAGAUUCUCUACGCGCCGGACAUCGCGCUGGUGAGCGCCGAGAUGGAAUUGAGACCUGGAUCGACGGUUUUAGAGAGUGGAACGGGGUCGGGAUCGUUGACGCACGCGUUGGCGCGGUGUGUCGCUCCGACGGGGAAGGUGUGGACGUUUGAGUUUAAUGAGACACGAGUAAAGGCGGCGGAGGAGGAGUUUAGAGCGAACGGAAUUGACGAAGUGACGACGGUGACGCACCGGGACAUCGAGCGGGAUGGAUUCCCGGAAGAGUUAGCCUCGACUGCGGACGCGGUGUUUUUAGAUUUACCAGGUCCGCAAAAGUGCGUGGCAAGCGUAGCGCGGUCGUUGCGCCCGAACGGGGUUUUGUGCACGUUUUCGCCGUGCAUCGAGCAGGUGCACAAGACGAUAGUGGAGAUGAAGAAGCACGGAUUCGCCGACAUCAAGACGGUGGAGCUCUUAGGGCGACACUACGACGUCGAGGGGAGGUGUUUACAGACGGAUUUAUCGGCGCCGCUCAGUAAGGAGACCAAGGGCGGGUGGCGGAAAGAUCAAAAGCGUCCGCGUGACGGGGCGACGGAGGACUCGGCGAGCACGUUGACGGAAACCGUCGUCGCGCACCCGCAGCAACGUUUGCAGUCGCACACGGCCUACCUCACCUUCGCCAGACUCAUCCCUGCACCCGAGAACUGGACGGAGACGCUCGCUGAGCGCGCGAAAACGUCCGAAUCGGGUAACGAGGAAGUCCUCAAGCGCGCGGCGGAGUUCUUGGCAAAGCGCCGAGGCACCAAGAAACGGUACAGACCGCAGAGCGACGCCCCAAAACAGCCGAGCAAACACGUCAUAUCGAACCCGGACGAUUACUCCGACUAA